AUGCCUCCGGUGGACAAAAUAGAAGGCGGACCGGAUACGAUUCGGAUCCUCCUCACCACAGAUAAUCAUGUGGGGUACCUUGAGAACGACCCCAUUCGAGGUGACGAUUCGUGGAAAACGUUCCAGGAAAUUGCUAUCUUGGCUAAGGAGCAUGACGUGGAUAUGGUAGUCCAAGGAGGUGACCUUUUUCACGUUUCCAAGCCGUCCAAAAAGUCGCUUUUCCAUGUUGUUCAGGCUCUUAGGUCAAACUGCCUAGGUGACAGGCCGUGUGAAAUGGAGCUUCUUAGUGAUCCUUCCUUGGCGCUUCAUUCAGGAAACGAUACCGUCAACUACGAAGAUCCUAAUAUCAACGUGGCCGUGCCUGUUUUCGCCAUUUCGGGAAAUCACGACGACGCUACUGGAGAAGGUCUAUUGUCUCCAUUGGAUGUGCUUUCAGCCACGGGCCUUAUCAACUAUUUUGGGCAGGUCCCGCAAGCUGACAAAAUCACAGUUUCGCCUUUGGUGUUUCAGAAAGGAACCACCAAAUUUGCAUUGUACGGCAUCAACAACUUCAGAGACGAAAGACUACAACGGAUCAUGAGAAACGGCGACGUCACGUUCCAGAGACCCAAGAACGGUGACGAUUUCUUCAGUCUACUCUGCAUCCACCAAAACCAUGCCCGUCACACCCCCACGUCAUAUGUUCCAGAGGACUUUCUUCCUCCCUUUCUAGAUUUCGUCUUUUGGGGUCAUGAACACGAUUGCAUACCUUUUCCCCAGUACAAUCCCACCACGGGCUUUGAUACGCUCCAGGCGGGCUCUUCCGUGGCUACUUCUUUGACCGAGGGCGAAAGCGAACCAAAGCAUGUAUUUAUUCUCGACAUCAAGGACAAGCAGUACCUGCUUGAACCUAUUCUUCUACUGUCAGUUCGACCAUUCAUUACACGAGACGUGUCGCUUCGAGAGGAAAACUUCGUGGAAGGGCCCGCCUCCAAAGCUGACAUUCUGGCCUUUUUGGUCGAUCAGGUGGAAAGCAUGAUAGAGGAAGCAAAUGCUCAAUACAGAGACAGAAAUGGCGUUGAGGAGGGAGACGAUCAGGAAAUCCCACUUCCCUUGAUCCGCCUUCGAGUGGACCAUACAGGUGACUACGAAAUUGAGAAUUCCAGGCGAUUCUCCAAUAAGUUCGUGGGCAAGGUUGCCAAUGUCAAUGACAUUCUUCUAUACCACAAGAAAAAAGCGCCAAAGUAUGAGGUGGGUAAGAAAGUGCCCAAAGAUGUGACCGUGCCCGAACAAAGCGACACGUCCAGAGUUUCUAUCCAGCAAAUCCUCAAACAGUUCCUUGACGAGUCGAGUCUCUUCCUCAUGCCAGAAAACGGUAUGUACGACGUCACGAAGAAGUUCAUUGAGCAAGAUGAUAAGCAGAUCUUCACCGACUACGUGGAGCUGUCUAUCGAGCAAGCGUCCAAGCUGCUUUUGGAUAUCAACAUCGACGAGAACGAUUUCCAUGCUGGUGACGAUAUGACGCUCAAGCGGUCCUUCGGGCAGCUUCUUAAUCAGCUCAGAACCAAGAAUAAGAGAAUUCCCGUGGAAGAUGUUCCAGUGACCCAGUCAGACGAAAUGCUCAUAGAUACCAAGAGUGAGCCAGCACCAGCACCUAAGAAGCGAACCAAAGCCCAGACUUCAAAGGCUCCAGCAAAAGCCAAGCCAGCAUCACGUCGCAAUGUGAAAAGCAAGGAAGUCGUUAUCUCGGACGAAUCAGAUGAAGAGCCUCAAGUGGUAUCUGACGAUUCAGAGGUCGAGUUUCAGCCAGAACCUAAAGCUAAAGCGAAGGCCAAGCCAGCGCCAAAGAAACGAGCACCAGCUAAGAAACCCGCUCGCCAAGAGGACUCCAUUCUCGACGACAUCAUCAGCUUAGGCAGCUGA